UCCAGAACAUGACGGCAUGCUUUGGAGCAGUUAUAAUAGGUCAUAUUUCAUUGACUAUUAACCACUUGCCUCUAGUGCAAGAGCACUGGGAGCGCUGUCAGUAGAGCCAACCUAACCCAUCCUCUUCAGCCUCUUCCAGACCAAGAACACAUGUAUUGAUUGUACGGCCGUGACCGCACGUGUGCCGCGACUGAGAGGUUACUGUACAGAGAGCUGCUGCCUAAAGAGUGAACGGUUACUGACCUAAGAGCAAGAGAUAUCCAGAGACUUUGCCAGCGGAGCCAUGCGUCGAGUUUCUAUGUUGUUGGUGAUCUCGUUUCUGGCAGCCGUGGUCUGGGCGGCGGAUUAUGCAGACGACAACCAGCACCCCUGUGCGCGCGAGUGUAAACAUGGCGACACUCCGAUGAUCUGCGAGUACGACUUCACUGUGGAAUGGUAUUACGUCCUCAGUAAGGCGUGUCAAGACUGUCCCCUAAACCAGACCGAUUGCGACAGUCCAGAAUGCAUUGCGGCAGACGGCGUCCAGAGGGCAAUUACGGUGGUGAAUAGACGGAUGCCGGGACCUGGAAUUUUUGUAUGUCACAAUGACACUAUAUCGGUAACAGUGCGUAACAAACUUAUGACGUCAGAUGUCGUCACAAUCCACUGGCAUGGAAUAUCUCAGCGGGGAACGCAGUAUAUGGACGGGGUACCUAUGGUAACUCAGUGCCCAAUACAUUCCUACAGCUCAUUCAGAUAUAACUUCAAAGCUGAGGAGGCGGGAUCCCAUUUUUGGCACGCGCACUCCGGUUUCCAGAGAGCCGAUGGUGUCGUUGGUCCACUAGUGGUCAGGCAGCCUCGGUCUGAGGACCCUCACAGCAACCUGUAUGACCUUGACCUCACAGAGCAUUACAUCACUGUGACAGAGUGGUUGGGAGAGCUGACCAUUAAUAAGUUUGAGAGACACCAUCACAAGCACGGGGACACCAUGCCGCAGUCUAUGUUGAUCAAUGGUAAGGGAGCAUUCAAAGGCUAUCACAACCACGUCACAAACGAACACGUGUUCACGCCAUACGCUUACUUCCACGUCACACCCGGCAAAAGACAUCGCUUCCGUAUGACCAGUAACGGGAUAGUAGACUGUCCGAUACAAUUUUCCAUCGAUGGCCAUAACUUGACCAUUAUAGCCACUGACGGCUACCCGGUGGUCCCCCACGUUGUGGAAUCACUGGUCAUCAUCUCUGGGGAACGUUAUGAUUUUGUCCUUCACGCCGGGAAAGAUGCCAGCGCAGGGAACUUUUGGAUACGCACGGCAGGGUUGACGAACUGCGCAGGGAAGAAGGCGCGUCAGUUAGCGGUGUUGAGGUACCACGGCGCACCUGAAGAGCUGCCGAGGGGACCAACAGAUUAUGAUAGUAUGCUGCGAGGGGGAAAGCAACUUAAUCCACCCGAUGGUAACGUAGAAGAUGACAAAGAGAGGCUAUCUUCGGUAGCACAACUACACAGCGUCGUGCCCGACGACGCCACGUCACAAAAAGAUGCUGACGUCACAUUUUACCUCGUGAUGGACUAUAACAGUAUGCAUAGCAUGAAACAUGGCGGUCAUGACUCGGAUAAGGAUGAGGGUAACCAGAUGGAUCAGUCAAACCAUAACAUGAAUAAUGAUGGUCAACAAAUGGACCACAGUAAACACCAAAUUACCAAUGGUCAGUCAAUGGAAAGUGGACAUCAGUCGAGUGCCAUGGGUGAUAUGAAAGCAUCGCAAACCAAUGAUACGGUUACUCAUGGAGGGAAUCAGUCAAUGGCACAAGGGACUACCAUGACCAACCCACGCGUGGUAGGAGAGAGAAAAAAGAGGAAUGCCGAGGGCCAUACUGCUUAUAACUCGCAAAAUAAUAAUGGAGAAAGCCAACCAAAUAACACCAGUGUGUCUCCUCCUAUGAUUCCACAAGAUAAAAACAAAACCUCCAGUGCCCAACAUAUGGGCAGUGAUCAGGACAUGUCCGGCAACGAAAAUGACCAUAACAUGAGAACGAGGACACCGAGCGGUCAUCAUGGUAUGGCGGCUGUAAAUGGUGGUCAUAGUGACCAACAACCGACGGAUUCCCGACACAGUGGACACGUGAUGACCGCAGGUGGCGGUACAAUGGCGCACUCUUCCACGGAGAAAGGUAGGAUGGCUAAUGCAAGCACGGAUCAUUCAAGCAUGAACCAUUCUGCCAUGGGUAAUUCUGGCAUGGACCAUUCUAGCAUGGACCAUUCUACCAUGGGUAAUUCUAGCAUGGACCAUUCUGCCAUGGGUAAUUCUGGCAUGGACCAUUCUAGCAUGGACCAUUCUACCAUGGGAAAUUCUGGCGUGGGCAAUUCUGGCAUGGACCACUCUAACAUAGGUCACUCUAACAUGGGUAAUUCAGCCAUGGACGAUUCUGGCAUGGACCAUUCUAACAUGGUUCACUCUAACAUGAGUAAUUCUGGCAUGGGUCACCACGAAAUGGACUCCAGUGCUCAUCACAUUCAUAGUCCGCAAAUCAACCAAAUUACGAUGACUUUCCCGCCAAAACCUCUGCUAUCCCAGUUUAAUGAAAUACCAGAGGGGCAGUUCUGCAACCACACAACACACACGAACUGUAUGCACGGCGCGUGUGAGUGUACGUACCUGCUGGAGGUCGAGUACGGCCAGGUGGUGGAGCUCGUGAUGGUUGACCUCAUGGGCACCAAGGACUCUCACCACCCGAUGCAUCUACAUGGACAGCCAUUCAGGGUGAUGGCUAUGCACAAAAUUGAUGGACCUUUCACAACAGACGAUGUCAAACAAAUGGACAGGAAAGGUUUGAUAAAGCGAAAGCUUAAGGGAGCGGCGCUUAAAGACACUGUGGCAGUUCCAAAUGGGGGAUUUACAAUUGUCCGUUUUCAUGCCACGAAUCCAGGUUUUUGGUUGUUUCAUUGUCACAUACUAAUUCACUCAGAAAGCGGCAUGGCUCUUGUUAUCAAAGUCGGUGACCCAAAGAAAGACUUUCCACCAAUUCCACGCAAUUUCCCGCGAUGUGGAACAUGGAAUUUCGAGAACGAGGAAGAGCAGACGACGAGUGCCAAGUGCCCGGAUGAAUCCGCCAGUGUUAAAAAAAUCCGUGCAUCAGAUGGAACCAGGCUAAACAGCAUGUCUACACUGAUUAAUUUCGCAAUUCUUUGGUUACUAGUUCCCUUUAUUAUUGUUUAACGUUAUCUGUAUAUUUCAUUUUAAUUUCGGAUGGUUGUGUCACAAAACGCACAAUCGUAGUGAAAAAUAUUUUUUUGUUAUUGGGAAGCCUUCAUUCUUUUUUGUUAGUUCAGAUUAUGUGAUUCAAAACUGCUCUGAGCAUGGUGUACUAUUUUUUAGUUUCUUUUUUAAGUAAAAAUGAAUGAAUAAUUAUGACAGUGAAAGGUGACGCAUUGCUUCGUUUGUUGACUCUGACACAAUGACCCCAUUCCCAGAGAUUAGAUCGAUCCAAACUAGAUCGACCUAACUCCCUGGGGUUUCACGCUAAAUAGCUG